GCCCCGGGAGCCCAGCGGCGACUCACAGUCUCCCCAGACCCCGAAGAUGCAGGUCGUGAUGCCCCGAACCCUCGUCCUGCUGCUGUCGGCGGCCCUGGCCGUGACCGAGACCUGGGCGGGCUCCCACUCCAUGAGGUAUUUCUACACCUCCGUGUCCCGGCCCGGCCGCGGGGAGCCCCGCUUCGUCAUCGUCGGCUACGUGGACGACACGCAGUUCGUGCGCUUCGACAGCGACGCGGCGAGUCCGAGGAUGGAGCCGCGGGCGCCGUGGAUGGAGCAGGAGGGGCCGGAGUAUUGGGACCUGGAGACGCGGAUCGCCAAGAGCAACGCACAGAGUUUCCGAGGGAGCCUGAACGUCCUGCGGGGCUACUACAACCAGAGCGAGGCCGGGUCUCACACCAUCCAGAAAAUGUGCGGCUGUGACGUGGGGUCCGACGGGAACCUCCUCCGCGGGUACAGGCAGGACGCCUACGACGGCGCGGAUUACAUCGCCCUGAACGAGGACCUGCGCUCCUGGACCGCGGCGGACACGGCGGCGCAGAUCAGCCGGCGCAAGUGGGAGGCGGCCGGUGAGGCAGAGCGCUAUAGGAACUACCUGGAGGGCACCUGCGUGGAGUGGCUCGGCAGGCACCUGGAGAACGGGAAGGAGACGCUGCAGCGCGCAGAACCCCCCAACGCACAUGUGACGCACCACCCCAUCUCUGGCCAAAGGGUCACCCUGAGGUGCUGGGCCCUGGGCUUCUACCCUGCGGAGAUCACACUGACCUGGCACCACAAUGGGGAGGACCUGACCCAGGACACAGAACUUGUGGAGACCAGGCCUGCAGGGGAUGGGACCUUCCAGAAGUGGGCGGCUGUGGUGGUGCCUCCUGGACAGGAGCAGAGAUACACGUGCCAUGUGCAGCAUGAGGGGCUGCCCGAGCCCCUCACCUUGAGAUGGCAGCCACCUCCUCAGCCCACCAUCCCCAUCAUCUGGAUCAUUGCUGGUGUGGUUCUCCUUGCGGUCACUGUGGCCAUGACUGGAGCUGUGAUCUGGAGAAAGAAGCGCUCAGGUAGGGAAUGGAGUGGGGAGAUCUGAGUUUUCUUGUCCCUCUGGGGGGUUUCCUAGGUAGGAGACUGUCCUGCCUUGUUACUGGGAAGUACCAUCCUCAUGCAUGGACUUGCCCACUCGGGAGCUGAUUACUAACGCUCACUGUGUAGCAAAGACUUGUGAAAAUGAAGGACACAUUUUCAUCUUGGUAACUCUGGUGAUGGGGACCUGAUUCCCAGCAGUCACAGGACAGAGAAAGGGCCCUGCUGAGGACAGACCUCCAGCAAGUCAGGUGGUCCAGUGACCCCACACCUUGUCCUUCAUGUUUCUUGAUCCUGUCCUGGGUCUUCAGUCAACUCUGCAAACUUCAUUUAGGACCAGGACUGGGAGCUUCCCCUAGGAUCUCAUGGCCCAGCCCUGUUCUGGCCUCUGACAUGGUAUUUUCUUCCCACAGGAGGAAAAGGACCAGGCUACUCUCAUG